GCCGUCUGCGCCGCUCCCGAGGGCGGUGCCCGUCUAAGGACCCUGGCGCAGCCGGUCCGACCCCGUGCCCUGUCUGCUGCGCGUGCGAGGGGGGCCCGGGCUGGCCGGCGGCCUCCUCACCGCCCGCGCCGCCGGAGACCGGGUCUGUCGCAGACCCGGCGAGCCCAAUUGGCCACACGCUUGCUGAGGGCCGGCUGCUCCGGCGCCCGCGUGCAGGCGUGGACACGCUUGUCCCCCGAAUGGCCCCGAGAUGCGUCCUCUCACCGACGCCACUUCACAAAAGGACGGGUGGGUGGCCAGCGGCCUUCCCAAAGCCAGGAGUUGCGCCCCUCGCCUCCCCGGCAGCCGCCUUCUAAGAGCACAGAAGGCGGAGGAAGAUAAGGCAGGACCCAGAGACUGGGGGCCACUGGGGUCAGAGCCGGAGCUGAGGUCCCCGAGUGGCGCAGCUGAGGCACGCGCUGCCUGGCCACCCUCACGUGUGGGACGGCCCAGCCUGCCAUAAAUUCUAGCUUAUAAAGGCCACGUACUGAGCCCAAGUGUGAAAGGUGAGAGGAAGUGGACACCGAGGCCGGCCAUAAGCAGCCCGGCUCAGCAGACACAGAUCUCGGUGGAGUCAACAAAUCCGGAUUGAGUCUGUUCUUGUAGGCCUGUGCGUUACCUGUGGUGCGGCAGGCACUGUGUGGGCCACACAACAGAUGUCAACCAGCCCCACGCCCGCCCUGUGCGCCCCCGGACGUUCACAUCUGCUGGCCUGCUCCAGCUGGACUCUGACCCUCAGGUCUGUCCGUGUCUGGCCCCUUUCUGGGCCUCCCUCGCCCCUCUGCAGGCUGCUGAGGUUUCCCAGUUUUACUCUUGGCCCAAGGACUUAGUUGCUUACGGGGCAAGCGUUUCUCUUGACCUCUGUGGCUCUGUCCCUUAAAUGGAAAUGACACUCUAUCCGUUUCACUUCCCAAGGCCAGAGUGAGACGAGAGGGUCACUGCAGGAAAAGGGCCCACCAUCUGCAAAGCUCUCCCUUGGGGGAUAUCAACCUGAUCUCUAGGCCCAGAGAGGAGGGAGUCAUGACCCCCACACACUCACCAACUGUAUCUCUCUUCACCUGGAGACUGGCAUUAUGGCUGUAUCUUACCCACGAGAAACAGAGCCACCGAGAAGUCAGAAACAUGCUCCCAAUCGCACAGCAAAAUUGACUCGUUCUUUGGGGUGCUCCUUGGAGGCCUUCCCGACCAGUUCCUACCCUCCUGUCUAUGACAUGCUUUCCCCUCAGCAUGGACCUGGGCACACAGAACACACCUCCCAGGCUUCAGAGCCUUUAAUGAAGAGCUCUCCAGCCCCAGCCUGAUGUGGGGGCCUCUCCUCUCCUGCCGUGCCAGCCCUGGGGAAUGGGGCAUGUCUCCCCAUACCCCCAAGCCUGCACAAAGCCAAACUGGGGCAGCGAGUCCAAGAGCACUGCAGCAUUCGCCCGACUGCAGCUCCAGCCGCCGCCCGAGCCUCCUAGGCCUUCCGCAGCCGCCGCCGCCGCCAGCACCAUGGCCAGCACCCUGUCCGCCUACAAGGAGAAGAUGAAGGAACUGUCAGUGCUGUCGCUCAUCUGCUCCUGUUUCUACUCACAGCCGCACCCCAACACCAUCUACCAGUAUGGGGACAUGGAGGUGAAGCAGCUGGACAAGAGGGCCUCUGGCCAGAGCUUCGAGGUCAUCCUCAAGUCCCCUUCUGACCUGUCCCCCGAGAGCCCAGUGCUCUCCUCUCCCCCCAAGAGGAAGGACACCUCCCUGGAGGAGCUGCAGAAGCGGCUGGAAGCAGCUGAGGAACGAAGGAAGACGCAGGAGGCGCAGGUGCUGAAGCAGUUGGCCGAGCGGCGCGAGCACGAGCGCGAGGUGCUGCACAAGGCGCUGGAGGAGAACAACAACUUCAGCCGCCAGGCCGAGGAGAAGCUCAACUACAAGAUGGAGCUCAGCAAGGAGAUCCGCGAGGCGCACCUGGCGGCGCUGCGCGAGCGGCUGCGCGAGAAGGAGCUGCACGCAGCGGAGGUACGCAGGAACAAGGAACAGCGAGAGGAGAUGUCUGGCUAAGGGGCUGUGGGCCACAGGCGCCUGGAUCCUGAGAGGCGACAUCAGCACAUGCGGGCUCUGGUUUCGUCUUGUCCUACUUUGUCUAGAUGCAACUUUUGUCCCUGCACCCUCCCUCCCUCCCCUGCACUCCCAGCUCCUGCUUCUCUUUCCGCUCCGAGCUGUCCAGUCCUGCACAGGCUCUCCAUCAAGGAGCCACCACGGCGUGGCACACAGUCCCUCGGUUCAGGCACCAGGCCAGGCAGUGGCUGGGUCCCCUGUUGGUGGCCCUCUUAGAUGUGGUGACAGCCUCAAUAAAUCCCGUGGUGGUAGCA